CUUAGACAUCAAAAACUCGUCCAUACAAGCAUAGUUCAGUGUGACAAUUCGAAUUCCCUGAUGAGCUCUCAGAAUAUACAAACAUGCAAUCUUUAUCAUUGUUCAAUAUCAAUGAUGGAUAUACGAUUAACAACCAUCGUUUUCUUCCGAUGAAAUACUUUAUUUUAUGGAAAUUUUAGACCGGAAGUAUUUUGACUGAAGGUGUGAAAUUUACCUGAAAUCCCUGGACCCGACAUCCGGUGGCCGAGAAGAAACGACAAAGCAAGGCUAGGGUUGAUUGUCAGAGCUGCGGCUGAAUGUGACCAAAACACUUCGGUUAAAAAGUAUACCUCAGUUGAAUAAUGCUUUUCAUUGACAGGUAGUACAGAAAAUGUAAAGAUAAAAAAUCUUUCUCUGACGAUUAAGCCUUAUUCGUGAGACAAUCAUCGAUGGCGACUUGCCAUUUGAUUUCAAAAUGCUGGAUGUUGACAUGGAUUUCUGUGCUCAUGUUGUCGUCUUCGAUUAUUUCAGGAGAAGAGCCACAACCAACAUCAAAAGAGCCAGGACCAGAGACAGAAGAACCAACUGGAAAACCAAUUAUGAGUUCACACAAGAGUAUUCAGCCUAGCUCAAUUAUUAAUUCUCAGAAAUCCUCUUUUGGUGGAUCUAAGACCUCAAAUAGUUUUAUGAUUCAAACAAGUUCACAGACAGUAUCAAGUAAUAAACCUAUUGUUCCAAGUACUUCACAUUCUUGGAGUUCUACAGAAAUUGUAAGCACAGUUAAGUCAAGGACUUUGUUUAGUAGUAGCAGCAUGUCUCCAUCAAGACAUGUUGCAUUUUCCAAAACAUCAAACUUUUAUAGUUCAUCUGAAGUGAGUUAUAGUCAGUCCAUAAAGGAAUCGUCAGUGAAAGUAAUAAUGACUUCCACAGUGUCUCCUAUGAGAACACACUCAACUACCAUCUCAUACAGAGCAUCAGAGAUCUCUGCAACAUCCAGUACUUAUUCAUCAACUGCUGACACUUCUACUUCUAUAUCACAUAGCAAAUCAUUGCUUUCUACAAGUUCUUUUAAUGUGGUGCAUCCAACAAAAUCAUCUUCUACAACUAUGAUUACAAGUAGUUUACAUGCUGCACCAAGCACAUCUUUGAGUAAAAGUAGCUUAUAUACUGUUGACAUGCUGUCAUCAGUGAUUUCUAAUUCAACAUCAUCUAUUGGUACUGUUAUUACUAGCAGCCCACUGUCUAUUAUUGCACCAACUACAACAUUAAAGAAUAGUCCUUCAAGUGAUAUGAUAUUGAGUAGUUUAUCAUCUGGUAUUAUAGCCAGUGUAGCAAUGACAAAGAGUAUGAAUAUAUCAACAUAUAUGGCAACAAGAAGUAUAUCAUCUGGUGUAUAUGCACCCAGUACAUCAAUAAAAACAAUAGUAAGUAGUAUAAUGUCUGACAUCAUACCCUACACGACAAAGCAAAGCGACACUGCAACAUCAAGUUCAGUAAGCAGUGAGGUGAAUGCAUCAACUUCAAGUCCAGGGUUAUCAAGUCAGAUAGUUGUUACUCCAUCUCCUUCCAUGCUCCAAACAUCAACUCUACCAUCAUCCACACCAUCAACCCGCACGCCAUAUUUAACUACUGCAAGAAGUUCAUCAUUGACUUCAAUAUCCUUUGAUGUAAGCUAUGUAGUUACACCAAUUGUAUCAUCAUCACCAGUAUCGUCAUCUUCAGUACUCCCCGUAUAUACCAGCACAACAAAGCAAAGCGACACUGCAACAUCAAGUUAUAGUUCAGUAAGCAGUGAGGUGAAUGUAUCAACUUCAAGUCCAGGAUUAUCAAGUCAGAUAGUUGUUACUCCAUCUCCUUCCAUGCUCCAAACAUCAACUCUACCAUCAUCUGCAACAUCAACUCACACGCCAUAUUUAACUACUGCAAGAAGUGUAUCAUUGACUUCAGGAUCCUCUGCUGUUAGCUAUGUAUCCUUUGUAACCUCUGUAAUUACACCAACUGUAUUGUCAUCACCAGUGCUCUCUGUUACUUCAGCUUUUAAAACUACUCCUACCUCAUCAUUUCUUCCAAUGUCCACAUCUGUUCUUCCAACAAUGCUGCCUCCAAAAGCACCCUCCUCACCCCCAUUAGAUGUUGCAGUCUACAACACAAGUACGACCUUCGUCAUCGUAUCAUGGAAGACACCACCAGAGGAAACACUCAAUGGAAAACUGAAUCAUUAUGAAGUCGAUGUACAAAAGAUUGACUCUUCUGCUUGUCAGGAAAAUGUCACAAAUACUUCUUUCAGUACACCACCAAGUUCUUCAGCUAAUAGUGUUAGCAGUAGCUAUGAUAGUCAAGUAAGUCUGGAACCUACAUCAAGUGUCAAGACAGUGCUUGCAUUGUCAUCUAGUGUGAAACCAACAGAACCAACAGGACCACCUAAGCCUCCAUUAAGCUUGACUGGUUUAAUUAAUGCUGGAUUAAACCUAAGUAAAACUAUUAACAAUCUAGAAGUGUUUACAUGUUAUGGGAUUAAAGUCAGAGCCUUUACAUCCUUACCUGGCCCAUGGAGUCCACUUGUACUAACAAGAACAAUGAAAUCGGAGCCAACAUUUCCACCUCAAAAUGUGACAGCUUCUACAAUGUCAUCAACAUCUAUUUUAGUACAGUGGUUGCCACCUCUUCACAUAUAUGGAGUUAUCAAGCAUUACAUUGUAGAAUACUUCAGUGCUACACAAAGAAAUAACAUAACUACAGCAGAUAAUUCAACAAGUCUUAACUUGACUUCAUUACUGCCAUAUACAACAUAUUAUGUGAGGGUUAGAGCUGUAAACGCUGCUGGUCCUGGUCCUCCUAGUGAAAACGUCACCAGCACAACACUGGAAGAUGCACCAAGUCCUCCAACUAACUUCACCAUCCAGAGUGUGAAUGCUACAAGUCUGUAUACAAGAUGGAGUCCUCCAAACAGACUCAAUGGUGACUCAGUAAAAUACAAACUGUAUUACAGACUAACAGCUCAUAACAAUAGUAAAGAUGCAGCGGCUUAUGAUGGUGAAAACACAGAGUUUGUUCUUACUGGACUACAAAAGUUAUCUAACUAUACCAUAAGACUGUUUGCAUAUAAUUAUGAGUUUCAUAGUCAAGAAUUUAGGGCCUUUGCAUUCACACUCCCCACUGUUGCCACAGAACCUCUUGGCCUCCAGGCAUGGAAUAUCAGUUCAACCUCAGUUUUUGUUACCUGGCAACCACCAAAGCAUAUCAAUGGCAUCCUUACAAAUUAUAAGGUAUUUUACAAACCUAACGACAGCUCAUCUAUCCCUGGGGAAGUUCUAACCAAUCUGUCAACUAAUAUAACUCUACAUUCAAUGCGUGUAUACACAUUGUAUAUCAUCUAUGUAUGCGCUGUUAUUGAUCAAGAAUGUGGUUUACGUGCAACUGUUUUUGUCAUGACUGGGGAAGGGGUUCCAAGUGAAGUACGUUCCUUCAGUCAAUAUGACAAAACAUCAACUACAGUGGGGUUGAAGUGGAAUUCCCCUGAGUAUCCUAAUGGACUCAUUGGUUAUGAAUUAUUGUAUGGCAAGUUGGCUGACUUCAAGUUGCUGAAAACACUAGAAACAAAUGUAACAAUUUCAAAGCUGUUGCCCUACACUAACUACACGUUCAUAAUUAAGGCAUACAACUUGAGAAGUAGUCAAAGUGGUCCUUCAAGGAAUAUUACUAUACAGACACGAGCUAGUGAACCGUCUUUACCACGCAAUGUACRACUUGUUAGUCCUACAAAUGUGUCCUUGACCAUUGCUUGGGAUUAUCCAGACCCACUGAAUGGACAUUUAUUGUACUGCACUAUAAUGGUUGCUGAAGUAGGGAAUAGUCAGUUUAUUGACCCAGUAAAGGCGUAUGUAAAUCCCUGUAUAGUCAAAUCUCUUAAACCGUUCAAGGAGUACUCAGUGUAUGUGUUUUGUACUACAAAUGGAGGUUCUGGUCCAAAAUCAGAGACGAAGACUUUUGGUACAUUACCAUCUGCUCCACCUCCAGUCACGCCUAUUAAGCCACCAAAUAAAGACACUAUCACACAAGACCAGAUAGUAAUAGAACUCGAAAAGGCAUCUGACUCCAACGGAAAAAUAAGCUACUACCAGGUGGUUGUGCUGGAGUUAUCAAGUAACAGCGAUGGAAAGGCCAUCAGGCCAGACAGAAACCCUGAUGAUUACACUCCAAAUGAACUGUAUACUUACAUACAAGCAAAACUACUGAAGCCAAAGCGUGUCCCAUACAUCGCAGCUCAAUUCCCAGCCGAGGAAUUCUCAAAAUAUCAACUAUUCAAAAUAGGGGACGGAAGGAAUUUCAGCAUAAGGGCAAGGAAACGAAGAGACACUACUGACCAGUAUUAUAAUGGACCAUUACAGCCGAGUACGUUUUAUACGAUGUUUCAAAGAGCGGCUGUAAACAAGGAUGUGUAUAGAUCUACUGGAUGGACUCAGCCAGUUACUACGUCAGAUGCAGCCACUAAACAGAAGAGAAAAGAACGUUCCUCUGAUACAAAUAUCGGUCUUGUGGCUGGGCUGUGUGUGACGCUAGUCUUUCUCAUCGUUGUUGCUAUAGUUGUGUUCCGGCUUGUGUGGAAGAAACGUCGUUUUCCAUUUGGUAUGAUGUUGGAUGAUGAAGGUGACUACUCGAAUCGAUCGUUUAAACUCAAGAAGAUAAGCAGAAGACGUACGUCUAGUCGUGGGUUGAUGGGAUCAACUGACUCACUUGAUAACCUCGAUGACAUAAACAGACGAAGAGAGCCUAUUCCCGUAGAUGCAUUUUCCAGUCAUGUGCGACAAAUGCAUAUUGAUGGAGACAUUGGUUUCUCUGAGGAAUAUGAGCUUGUCCAACCUGACGACACGGACUUUACGUGGCAACAUUCCCUGAUGCCAGUUAAUAAACAUAAGAACAGAUACGCUAAUAUUGUCGCUUACGAUCACUCGCGCGUUCUACUCGCUCCAAUUGAAGGUGUUCAAGGUUCUGAUUAUAUCAAUGCCAACUACAUCGAUGGUUAUAAUCGUUCUGGUGCGUACAUUGCCACUCAAGGGCCAUUGCCGGAGACUUUUGAUGACUUUUGGCGUAUGAUAUGGGAACAAGGAACUGCAACUAUUGUUAUGCUUACACAGUUAGAAGAACGUGGAAGGCGUAAAUGCGACCAGUACUGGCCGGACCGUGGCACACAUACGUACGGAAUGAUACGAGUGACCGCUAGCGAAUCAUCACACAUGUCUUACUACAACCUGCGUGUGUUUCUUAUAUCACACAAAGACGAUGAAGAAGAGCCACGACAAGUAAAGCAAUACCACUUUACUUCCUGGCCAGAUCAUGGAGUACCAACCCAUCCUGUACCUCUAUUAUCACUGGUUCGUACAGUUGCUCAUGCAAAUCCUUCAACAGCUGGACCAGCCAUAGUGCAUUGCAGUGCUGGGGUUGGUCGUACUGGUACUUACAUAACCUUAGAUUCUGUGCUGCAAAGAAUCGAGAAGGAGCAAACUAUAGAUGUAUAUGAAUUCGUACAGAAUAUGAGAUUGAAAAGGAAUCUGAUGGUGCAAACAGAGUCACAGUAUGUUUUUAUACACGACGCUCUAGUCGAGGCUGUAUCGUGCGGGAUUACCGAGUGCGAAGCUAAAAAGUUUGCAUCAAGGCUUCGUGAUCUACGUGAGACAGACCCCAAUUCAGGUCGUACCUACAUGGAAAAAGAAUUUCUUCGAUUGGUAAAAGAUGAGAGACAUCAUUCUACGUUCAAGGCGGCGAACAUGGGUGUCAAUUCAUCUAAAAACAGAUAUCUCAAUAUUCUACCAUAUGAACAAACAAGGGUUCCUUUAAAAAUGAGACCUGGAGAGGUUGGAUCUGAUUAUAUCAACGCGAGUUAUAUUGAUGGAUAUUGUCGUCGGAAGGUUUACAUUGCAACUCAAGCCCCUUUACCAUGUACAUUUGAGGAUUACUGGAGGAUGGUAUGGGAGCAGGGCUCUUGUGCUAUCGUCAUGUUGACUAAAGAAGAAGAAGCAGGAAAAGUGAAGUGUCAUCGUUACUGGCCGUCAGAUGGUACUCGUAUUUUUGGUGAUGUUUUAGUCGAGCUAACAGAGGAGGUGUCCUACACCGAUUAUACCAUGAGGCAGUUCAACAUGACCCAUACUGAGGAAAAGGACUGUCGAGUUGUGCGUCAAUACCAUUAUACUGACUGGCCUGACAUUGGACUACCAGAAUCUGGUGUUGGAAUUAUUGAUCUUAUUGGCCAGGUAGAAAAAUGGCAACAGCAAAGUAACAAUUCGAUUAUUACAGUCCAUUGCAGUGGUGGCGUUGGUCGUACAGGAGUGUACUGUGCUAUAAGUAUUCUAAUCGAACGAGUCAAGUCUGAAGGAGUGAUUGACGUAUUCCAGUCCGUGCAGUCAUUAAGAUUACAAAGACCUGCCAUGGUUCAAACUUUGGAACAGUACGAGUUUUGCUAUUCAACAUUGCAAGAGUACUUGGACUCCUUUGAUUUAUACGCAAAUUUUAAUUAGACUUUGGGACGUGAAUGGUGUCUCGUGCAAAACCCCCCGCGUUGAGAGUGGUCCAAAAAAUAAACUUGAGACAGUGAGGCCGCUGGACGUGCUAUACUUCAAUUUUGAUGAAUUCAGACUCAAUAUGAAAGCGUGAUCAUGUGGUGAUCAUGCAUCGUGCUGCGGGAUACCUGUGGCGAUAUAUGAAUUUACAGUUUGAUUCAGUCAAACACGCAUGCGUGUAUGUAAUUGCCGCUGGUCGAGAGUCCACUGAGUGAAACGAGAUCAAAGUAGAAUAAAUGGCGAUUUUAUAUUUUAGAUGUUUUUUAAUAUUUAGAUUACUUUUUGAAAUGAGAAGCGUUCUUAAUCUUGUUUGUAUAAAUAAGACGACAUGGAAUUACCAUAAAAAAUAUGUUUUGUUACACCCUUCCUUGUCGUGAGAGAAAUUAUUUUCAUAGAUAUUUCACUAAAAAGCUGUUUUUUAGUCUUUUCAAAAUGAAUAUGACUAAAUAACGAAACAAAGAGUUUAUUAUAGAUUAAUACUGACUAGUUCAUCACACGAAGGGUUGCUGUCGGUCGAUUCCUUUAUCGCUAUCCUUCCUGUUACAUUGAUCUUUGAAAAUAACGCCAAAGCUCUUUUCCUAUUAAGAAACUGUCAUGAGUGUUAAAAUUACUGACAGCACGUGAUAUAAUAGAACUCACAUUGUGAAGAAAGCAUCAUCUUACAUGUAAUUUUGUUGAAAAUACUGUACAAUGAAAAACUAAAAUUUCUUUAAUAAAAACUUUUCAGAUCAAUAUUGUAUUCAA